AUGGGAAGCCGCCCCACUCCUGGGCUCCAGAAAACUACAUCAGCUGAGUACCGACUGCGUUCAACCAGGCCUCCAGCCUCAGUCCCGUCCACUGCCCCAGGAGGCUCUGCGGUGGGCAGGGGUCCCGCGGGUGGCCCCCAGGCCCUGAAGGCCAAGCGGUCAGCCCCAGGGGCUGACGGUGUGCAGCGGGACCAGCUGUGGAGGGAGCUGCUGGAGGCCGAGAGGAGGAGCCAGCAGCGCUGGGCUCAGAACUGGAGUUUCCUGAAAGACUAUGACCCCAUGGGCAACAAGAAGGAGCCCGUGAAGCUGCCAGACUACGUGCCUCGCUUCUCUGACACUGUCCCCAAUUCCACGAACCGCGCUGUGGGCAGCCGGGUGGACACGCCUCUGGGGAAAACCCUCAUCAGCCUUGACUUCUUCUUCGUGGAAGGAGCCCGGAAGAAGAAGCUGGAAGAGGAGCUGCAGCCCAUCUAG